GGUCACUACACCAAUUGCACGAAAUUCGAAUUCAGUGUUGCUUUGAAAGCGCUUCCUAGCAAUGGCGGCUGCUGUUCUGGAUCACGCUGGGCAUGGAAAGCCGGACGGGGAAGUUUCACAGCCAUCGGACGCGGUGCUUCCCUCUGCACUAGACGUAGACAUUGGAAAUCUGGCUGCGUUUGACCCACGGCCGCUCAAUGUGGAAGACUUUAGGACAGAGGAAGAUGCAGACGCUGCUUGUCUGCGGGUGGGGCGGGACGUGCUGCAGGCGCUGGCCAACGCCGUGUUCUCCCUGCCAUCGCGCCCCGACAAAGCAGGCCGCCUCGUCGAUCUCCCACCUCCCACCACCCCUUUGCCUAGAGAAAAGCCGUUGCCGAAGCCACGCCCUCCCACCAAAUGGGAGAAGUUUGCGCAGACCAAGGGCAUUGUGAAGAAGAAGCGCAGCCGGCUGGUGCUGGACGAGGCCACGGGCGAGUACAAGCGGCGGCACGGCUACCAGCGCGCCAACAACGAGGCGGACCAGGUCAUCCUAGAGGCACGCGCCUCGGACGAGGUGGGCAGUGAUCCGUUUGAGGAGCUGGCAGCGAACAAGAAGGAGCGCAUUGCGAAGCAGGAGAAGAACCGGCUGCAAAACUUGAAGCAGGCGGUCAAGGCUAGGGGCCCCGCUGUCCUGCCCAGCACGAUAGCGCUCGCUGCAACGAACUUGGCCACAUCCGGGGGCUCCAAGCAUGAUCGGCGGAAAGUUGACAAGGGCGACCUCCAGGAGGCGGUGGGGCAGGCAGGGGUCGCCACAGCGUCUAUCGGCAAGUUCGAUACGAAACGGCCGGGCGAAAAGCCAAUAAAAAACAAGGGCAAAAAGAGGAAGUUCCUCCCGGUCGAGGACACAGCAAAUGAGCGGAGGCAGACGAUGAGUGUCCUAGGGAAGGUCAUGGCCAAGCACAACGACGACAUCUUCGACACGGACAGGGCCGUAGGGGUGUACAACGUAGCUCAAGAGAAGCAGCGGGCAGAGAAGAACCGGAAGCAGGGCGGGCAAACUAAGAAACGCAAGUACAAUAAAGCAGACAGUGGAUGACCAGACUAAGGUUGACUGUAAGACGUGCGGAGGCGAUGGACCAUAUUGUUGUGCACCCUGAGCACUGUUAUAUAGAUGUGGAAAGUGAUUGAUGCUCAGUAUCAACUCUCCAAACAUGAAGCGUGUCCUCUUGAGCUUCUCGAUCACAACUCUUGAGUGGUUUGGUUUAUGACAGAGUCUGCCGGGUUGGCGGC